AUGGCUUCGGGACACAACGACCCCAAGCUCCUAUACGCCAUCAAUGGCGUUAAAGCCUUCCACAUCUCAAACGGCAAGGAGGAGUCUCUCACUCCCGCCGGCCCGCAGACCUUGUCGCUGUUGAUGGUGCCGACGUCCUCACCUUUUUCCGACAGCGUAGAAACUCCCGCAGAGGACUUCUACCUGCACCUACACUUGCCUCCCGAGCUCGACCUCCCUCUCCCCGCCACCACCCAGAUCUACCACCAGCCGCCGACGAGCUACCUCAUUCCUAGAUGGGACCUUGGGCCCGACAGCGGCGCCUUCACCCGCAUCGAGUUUCCGGACACAGGUAGCAGAAAGGGUCUGCAGGAAGACGUCGAUACCUUUGAGACCAUCCUUGCUCAGUGCACCGCCUUCCUCGAGCGCGCCCCGCCCCCAAAUACCACCUCCUCGUCCAAGUCGAAAGCUGCGGCCGCUGCCGCAGCCGCCGCAUACCCCUACGACGACCCCGUGUCUGACGGCCCCUCAGCAAAGUCCAGGGCCGCCGCCGCCGAUGGCCUCCCCGCCUACAACCCGGCUGACUACCAGCCGGGACAGGGCUAUGCGCCGGGGGCUCACAGCUCAUCCAAUAACGGCGGCAGGAUCGUGCUCAUCGACGAGGAGGAUGGCAGCGUCAUUGGAGAGCUGACAGAGAAUUACCAAGUGAACGAGGAGCUGGGCGUCAGGCCCGGCACCAAAGGUAAGUUCGGCGGCGGCAACCAGGCCGAGCUUGACUCACAUGGCAUGUUAGAUCCGGUGGAGAUCACACUCCCUGCCGACAACAGCCAAGCCAUUACCGUCCAGCCCCUUUCGCAGGAAUACCGCGAGCUGGUCAUGCACCCUUCGUAUAAAAAGUCCUUUCUAGUCGCCAACGCCUCCAAGGCCUCGCGCCUCAUCGUGACGUCGUCCGACCUGGUGACCAAGGGCCUGCAGUCCUCGGCCGACAGCUUUACCAAGAAGACCAAGUCGACGAACGAGCCAGUGACCUUUACCCCGGCGGCCCACGACCGCAUCCGCCGCAUCAACCAGUUCUCCACCAAGGCGGCCGGCUUGUCGGCCACCACGGUCGGCGCCGUGGGCAAAGUCGCGCAGAAUCUGGGCGCCACUCUCGCUAGGAAGAAGGACGGCAGUGGACGAGGCUACGACAAGGACGGCAACCCCAUUGAGGGUUACAAGCCCGGUCUGCUGAACAGGAGCCUGAUGGCCUUCAACACCGUCGCGGACGGCAUCGACCAGGCCGGACGCAACUUGCUGACCGGCACGUCGUCCAGCGUUUCUCAGAUGGUGGAGCACCGCUGGGGCCCCGAGGCCGGUCAAGUGUCGCGUAACAUUGGUGGCGGCUUCAAGAAUGUCGGUUUGGUCUAUAUCGAUGUGACGGGCGUCUCUCGCAGAGCCAUCCUAAAGAGCGUGGCCAAGGGCAUGGUCGUUGGUAAGGUCAAGGGAGGCGGGCAGAUCAUCGUCGGAGGUGGCGAUGGAGGCGCUGUGGUGCUGCCCGAAGAUGCCAAGAACCGGCGAGACGAUCAGAGUGACACGGCCAGCCUGUACACGGCGUAUGAAGGCAACGGCAAGCAGCCUGCCGGACAGCGGCCAUGA